GAAUGAUCCUAUAAAGUUCUUGACGCUUCAUUUAAGGCACUCGAAGCUCAAAAUUUAUUGCUAUUGCAUUCCUCGUGUAUACCUUACUUAGUUCACGCUACCUCGUACAAUGGCCACGAAGAAGGAAGUAGUCCACAGCGACUCUUGGCCGCAGCCAUUUCCGGUCAUGCCGUUCUCCGCCGCCGUCAAGUGCAACGGCAUGGUUUAUCUCUCUGGUAACAUUGGGAUAGACCCAAAGACGAACAAAUUGGUCGAAGGGGACAUCAAAGGCCGAACGAAAAUGAUCAUGACCAUAAUAUCCGGGGUUUUGAAGGACGCUGGAUCUGACAUUAACAAUAUUGUUAAAUGCAAUGUGUUCUUAAAGGAUAUGGCGGAUUUUGGUGCAAUGAAUGAGGCCUAUCUGGAGUUUUUCCCAGACCCGGCUUUCAAGCCUGCUAGGACUUGUGUGCAAGUUGCAGGAUUGCCGCUAGGAACAGAUGUCGAAAUUGAAUGCGUGGCACAUCUUUGAGGUUCUAUAGCAUCUGACUGGCAAAGUACGCAAGGCAUAUUGCGUUACGCAAGCAUUGUCACAAUAGGUUAUUGCUUCGGCUCUCAGGUUCAAUGACUAUAUUAUCUUCACCAUUCCAAUGUUUUUUGAAAGAAGAUGGCAAAGAAGUCUUCGAAGCGGACGAAAAGGAAACAGAAGAGAGUCAAUAAUACAGAAAAAUAAGGAAGCAUUAAAAAGGAACAU